CCAAGGUUAAAGAAUUUUCUGAAGUGUUUGUUCUUGUUUGAAUUUGAAAGAUAAGAUCUGAAAAUCAACAUCAAGUGAAAUUUAUAAUUUUCAACGCGUUUCCAGUUAUAAUUACAUCUGAAGGGAUCAUCAAAAGAAAAUAAUGGCUGAAAAAAUCGCUGUGGUGACUGGUAGUAACAAAGGUAUUGGAUAUGCGAUUGUCAAAGGUUUGUGUGAGCGAUUUGAUGGAAAGGUUUAUUUGACUGCCAGAGAUGUAUCCCGAGGCAAAGAAGCAGUAAAAAAAUUGAAUGAAUUGGGAUUUCAACCCCUAUUUCAUCAGCUUGACAUAACUGAUCAAAACAGUAUCGAUAAGUUUAAGGAAGAUGUUUUAAAACAACAUGGAGGUAUAGAUAUUCUUGUAAAUAAUGCCGCAAUUGCUUUCAAGAAUGAUGCGCGAGAUCCUUUCAGUAAACAAGCUGAAGAAACAAUUGCUGUGAACUAUUUCAGUUUAUUGAGGGUUUGCAAUUCACUCUUUCCUUUAUUGAGACAAAAUGGUAGAGUUGUCAAUAUUUCCAGCAGUGCUGGUCAUUUGUCCCGUAUUCCAUCAGAGGAUUUGAGAAAAAAAUUGGGUGAUAAGUCUCUGACUAUAGAUAGCCUGAGUAGAUUAAUGGAAAAAUUUGUUAGUGAUGCCAAGGUUGGUAAACAUACAGAAGAAGGCUGGGGGAAUUCAGCCUAUGUUGUAUCAAAAGUUGGCUGCAGUGCUCUUUCCUUUAUUCAGCAGAGACUGUUUGACAAUGAGAAACCUUGUAGAAACAUUUCUGUUAAUGCUGUACAUCCAGGUUAUGUAGAUACUGAUAUGACUAGUCAUAAGGGUCAUCUAACCAUCGAAGAAGGUGCUGCAGCACCAUUAUAUUUGGCUCUGGAAGAUCAUGGUUUGAAAGAAAAAUAUGUAUGGCAUGAUAAGAGGGUUGUUGAUUGGUAUGGAGAAACGCCAGCUAUCUACUAAGUGGUUGAACAUUUGUUAUUUAAAAUGUAUUUUCAAUGUUAUUUGGUUGAUAAAAUUUCAAAUACAAAGUAUUCUAUGGUUAAAUUCUUAAACAGU